GGAUGCCACUUGGCUGGGAUUGCAAUGGAGCAGCACUGAGAUUGUAGCAGGGUCUGCAGUUUCCAGCAACAUUCAGCAGGCUCUGAGUGCAGGGACCCAACAAGGAGAGAGUGCAGCCUGAGGGAUUUCAGGUCUCCUGUGACAUUGCUCAAGACAGUUUGGAUAAUGCACUGCUCUAUAAAGACCACACAGUUCCACCACAUAAUGCAAAAUGUAUAUUUCAACUCCUAAGGCUCGUUGAAGCGUCUUGGCCGUCUGUUUACUCCCCUCCGUAGAUGCUGCCCGUCCUGCUGAGUUCCUCCAGCACUUUGUGUGCGUGGCUCUGGAUUUCCAACACCUCUUGUGUUAACAAUGCAGAAUAAAGUGCGACAGCCAAAGAGGAAGUGCCGUGCCAGUAGACAAUAAGGCGCAAGAUCACAAUGAGGUACAUUGUGAAAUCGAGAGUCCAUUUUGUCACACUGCUGUGUGGCUAUGACGUUCCCCUCUGGGGCUAGUGAUUGGGGCAAUGAUACGUUGCUAAGGACAACCUUUCGAUAACCAGCAUCGGCUCAUUAUGGAUGUUGUUGCAGAGGGAUUCAACAGAGAUGGUGACUAAUGGAGGACCCCAUCAAUUGAGAAACUGGCAGUCAUGAUGUCUGUCACAGAUAGAUCUUACCCUUCCUCAACGACAGAGUGACAGCUGCCAAGAUCAUUAGAAGUAUAAAGACAGUUUGCAAGAGGACACGGUUGUUGCAUCAGUUCAAUGGAGAAAAACAGUCAUCAGGAAUUAAUACAAUGGGACGAAGAGCUGCAGACCAACAUCAACAAGGGGUUUUGCAGUCCCGAUGACGUGUUGAAUCUGUCCGGAGAUCAAGUCAUCAACGCCAGACUUUUGCAACGUAAUCCGGGAGGGGAGGGUGGUGCCAGUUUGCAUGUGAGGGGCAUGGGGGAGACGUGUGGUGGAACCGCCUGUCUUCCGGAGUGUGAACAGUCCCUUGGGGGUGUCCCGGCAUUGCUGACGACUCCGCCAGGCUCGAGACCCAGGGUGGAAUUUGAGAGCCAGUACUCGGACUGCCCGAGCUACAAGCCGAUGAGCCCGUUAGAGCCACAGGUCCACGUUGGGCACAAGGAACAAAUUCACGCCGACCCAGAGCCCGUGAGAACCAAAGUUGGACCCGCUCCAACGCACCCCAUGUUAAACGAGAACUUGGCGUCUGGCCCAAGCCGCUGUGGCCAAUCAAGUUCUUUCUCCGCUUGUCUGCCGGAGAAUAUCCUGGACGGAAUAAAUCUGAACAUGUCGGAAGUGGGAGGUAAGGAAUUGUUGGCAACCUACAUGCAAGAUGAACAGGACAUGCACGCAUUAAAUACGGUUCGUGGCAGUGCUGUGGAUGGGAUAUUGUAUAGGUUUGAUUUGUCUUGUGAGAGAGAGGGAAGCCAGUACACACCUCUGGAUCAGAUGACCUAUGAGUAUGACGUAGCCUGCGGAGAGGAGGUGCAAUAUACUUCCUUGGAUCCUGUCUCUUACAGCUUCGAUGUGUCUUGUGAGCCCGGAGAAGACAUAGACACUUCUGUCAAUCCAAUGUCCUAUGAGUUUGAAGUUGCUUGUGCAGGAGACGAUGAGGAAAUGGAGUGCUUUGAUCAAGGUUCCCUUGGCGACGGCAAGGAAGAUGCUGCGAUGUCAGCUGACAGCGGUGGAAAGUCGAGUGGUGAUUCGCACAACGCUCUCUGCUCCUGGCCCGAAGCACAGCUUGUCACCAGCCCUCUCAAGCAUCAGAGUAAUGUGGAGAGUUCCUCCAGCAUUACGUCUGUAAGGAAUGAAGGCGGCUCCAAGGUCAUGGCUGCGAAUGAGAUUUCCGUCAUUAUGUCUCGAGACCAGGCAUUGCCGGUGAUGGAGGUUCAUCAGACAGAUCGAGCUCUGUCGAGUCUGGGCACAGAGAUAAAGCAGUCUCCGGACAGCGGUGAACCAGUGACGCUUCGCUACCACCGGUAUCUGAGCACCCCACAGGACGUGGAGCCGAGUCAGUCAAGGAUGGACGAGCACUUCUCUGGGCAGUGUGUUGAUGGCAGCACAGAAGCGACCAAUGCCUCGGUGGCCAGCUAUGCCCCAAGCCUUUGUCAAGCUGCGUCCUGGGACAGUGCAACGGCCACAAGAGUGGACGGUGUGGGAAGCCCCACCCUAUCCGCAGGAGGGAUCUCUGCGGGAUGUGACGGUGAAUCUUCGGGGGCCGGCUCGGCUCUUCAGCUAAGCAGAAGUCCUCCGGCUGUUGAUGGUGACCCUCCUGUCCUCGCUGCCUUGGGCAGCCCUGAGGGGCCCAGACCAAGUGGCCAGGUGGUGCAGGCCACUGAAGGAGAAACUGAGACAACUCCACCGGCAUACUCUCUGUUUGCUGAGAAGGAGAGAUUUCAGGGAGGGUUUGCUGGUCAAAAUGGUGAUGUCCUGACUGAAGGUGCGUUGGUCCAAACAGACGUGACAUUGAGUCCGUCCAGACAGGGUCAGCACAGUGGAGAAGGUCUGGAGUCACCCCCAGCCGAUUGCCCUGGCCUUUUCUCACUGCAGGUUUCCAUGGCGAGGGAGCCCUCCAUACCACGUUCAGCCUCAAUGGAGUCCUUAUACAGGCCAGCAGCUAAGACAUUCGGGAAGGAGAACCUGGGAGGAACGGGAGAAGAUAUGAGGGCAAGUUCUGACUCUGACUCCGAAGAGACAUCUGAAAAGCUCCAUUCACCUGUAAACGAGGAGGGAAUUCCGUCCGAAGAGUCAGGAGCACCGGAGUUGGCCUCCUCAUCCAAUGUGUCAGCUUUAGUUGUCAGCCAAGAACCAGGUUUGAAACAGUUGGAUGAUUGUCCAGAAAUGCCUGAAAAAGCCCAGGCAAAAGUACGGCAGGAGUGUGAGAAUGAGGAGCAAGGCACUGAGGGGCAGCAAGACUGGGAGAGCCGAGAACUUGUGGUAGAAUGUGAUGCAACUUCUAAAGAGACGCUACCCCCAAUUUCUGGUCCAGAGUCAGAAGAACCGUUAGAGCCACGAGCUAACCUCCCAGACCAGCACAAGGUCAAUAAGCACCAGAACAUUGGCACAGAUUACCAGAUGGAAUGCGCCAAGCCCGUGGAGGAACAGAUGGUGGCCAGUGUGUGUGAUGGGGUGGAAGGUUCCCAGAUGGCAUCCGCUGAGGUGCCGGGGAAGGCCGGAGCCUUUGGCGAACCCGUCCAGCUUUACACCUGCACCAAGUGCAGCGUUUACUUCCAGGUCAAGGGGCACCUUCACAGGCACAUGCUCGACCACUUUGAUGGGCAGGGCGGUGAGGGCUCGGUGGGGGGGCCGCACCCUUUCAGCUGCCAGGAGUGCGGCUAUUCCUUCUGUGAGCCGGCAUCCCUCCAGUCCCACAUGAGCCAGCACCAGGCGCGCAGGGUAAGCUUCAUGGAGGCCAUCCAGGAGCUGGCAGAGCCCCGAUCAAAGGGCUCUAUCCGCACCACUGGUGCCAGCCCCCCUGCCUCGCUGGGGGAGCUGGAGGGGGUACACUCCCACCCAGGAAAGCUCUGCAAGGCCCAGGCGACAGCAGGCAAAGAGCAGCAGGAGCACAGUUUGCUCCUCCAGCCGGACGUUUCUCGGGAGGUCAAUGUUCCGUGUCAGCCCGGCCCCAGGCCGCCACCUCCGGCCGCUAGGGGCGACCCGCAUGUGGGCAAGGACUAUCCCCACACCCGCCGGGACGAGGCAGGUUGCGUGAAGCUGGGUCAGCCUCCCCUCUAUCAGCGGAAGCCCGGCUGGUCCCCGGGCAGAACAGCUUGGCUACCUGCUCACCAGGGGUCUGGGGAACCACCUGGGCCCUCCGACAAAUGGGAAGGCCCCCAAAGGUUUCUGCCAUGCAUCCCGGAGCGGGUGCUACCACCUUCCGCUGCCAAGGACCCGUGCCACUAUCGGGCCAGGCAGCCCCUGCUGCAAGGCGGAAUAAAGAGCACCGGUUUCAAAAUGCACUCCACCAUAGGCACGGCCAGGAAGGUCCGUCCGCAUGUUGUCCAGUACACGUCGCCCGUGGGCCUGUGCCAGUACCCUGGGUUGCAAGAAGGUGCCAGGCCGUCCCUUCUCCUCUUGCCCGAAGAAAGUUAUCAUCCUCAGAAAACAGACUCCUCUGCCGACCUGCACUGGAAGGGAAUGGAGGCGGGCAACGAAGUGGGCACAAAUCUCGGAGGCGCCUUAACCUACAGGAAAGUAGUAAUUGACCACUUCUUGCCCAGGACGAGUGGCAGUGGCCCUGCAGCCCACAAGGCUUUGGAGGCAGGAGACGCGGAAGCAGCAGUGGGAGGUAGAGCCUGUCACGUUCCGGCAGAGCCUUGGCCGGAGGAUUCCGAGCAGAAGGCGUCAGGGUCAGCGGGGCUCGCUGGCGGUGCACGAAGCCCUCGCGCGAGAAAGAGAAGGAAAUCUGGAGAGCCGUCUGCAGCUUCCUGCAGGCCCAGGGUGGUGAAGAGGCGCACGAAGGAGAUGCUGGCAGCCGUCAACAUUCCCUCAGACCUCCCUGUCGACCAACGGCAGCAGCUGAUGAGGAUGACACCAUUAAUAUUGCUGGAGAAAAUAGACAACCAGUCAGAAAGCAAAUCUGCUUCGGAUGACCAGGGGCUGGAACCCAAUUUAGAACCAUUAGGCAUCUGUCUAGAGAAUGAACUUGCAAAUGGUCUUUCACAGGAGCCAACAGAAACGCAUUUGGUUCACAAACCUACAGAUGUCUUUUCUCAGCUUGAACCCAUGGACACCCAAUCACACUGUAAACCUGCCAACAACCACUCGCAACCCAAGUCCAUUGAAACCCAUUCGUAUGACUCAGCAGAAGACCAGUCACCAUGUAAAUCCUUAAACAGCCACCCACAGCACAAGUCUUUAGAGACCCAUUCACAUGAACCCAUAGAAAUCCAUUCACUUUACAACCCCGCUAAUAGUCAUUCACUGCAAGAGAAAAUGCUUUCACGUUGUGAAUCUGUCUGCAGCCAUUCACAGCCUGAUGUCUUGAGCAACUGUUCCCAGUCCCACCCCUUCUCUGAAGAGAGAGAAUUGGAUUCUUCUUUGGAGGUGCAAGCUGACAGGGCAAUCUUCUGGGAAGUACCCAGUGAAGAUAUGACAAUAGAUCUGAUGAAAAAAUCGAAAGAUCUCUUGAGCCGGAACUUAUUACGGAUGUUCCCACUGGAAGAGAGAGAAUGCCCCUACUGUCCAGAUAAAUUCCACACCGGGAUUGGCCUGGCCAAUCAUGUGCGAGGACACCUCAAACGGGUUGGCAUUAGCUACAACACACGCCAUUUUGUUAGUGCAGAAGAAGUCACCGCUAUCGAAAAGCAAUUCUCGUUACAGAAGCUGAAGAGGAAAGCCCUUAAAUUCCGUGGUGGUGUCGUGGAAAAGUGCAACCUGUGUGGUGCCAGUUUCGAUUCCCGGGCAGGCAUGUCAAGCCACGCGCGCGCUCACCUGCGGGAGCUGGGCGUGAUGACCUGGAGUGCGACCAGCUCCCCCAUUGACCUACUGAACGAGCUCCUUCAGGACCAGGCCCCUCCCAGCCAGACUGACGGCCAGCCCGUCCCAGACAGUGCCUCUGCAGGAACCCCCACCCACGGGCCAGGAGCCAUGGCGGGGGGGUCAGAGGCUCCGAGCCCUCGCCCGCUGGGUAAACCCUUCGCAUCCAUCAACUGCAGUUCACCACCGCCAAGAAACAAGGUGGUGAUAAUUGAUCCAGAUGAUGAUGAUGAAAUGUCCACUCUGGAGAUGGACUUGCCACCUGGGCAUAGUUCUGGAGAAACUGAAUUGCAAGAAAAAAAUGGAUUUAUGGGAACACUGGACGGUAACUCGCAUCCCAAGCAAUCACUUACCAAAAUUGCCUUGGUCACCCAGGGGGAGGAUUCACUACAGUCAAACAAAUUGCUGAAUUCCUGUCAGUUAUGUGGCACCUGCUUUGAAACUCGUAAAGGAUUGUCAAGUCAUGCACGCUUCCACCUGAGGCAGUUUGGAGUACCAGAUUCAGAAAGCAGCGGUGCCCCCAUUGGUACAUUGUACGAACUGAUGAAAAGAAAAGGGAUACCCAAUGUUUUACCCUCAGCUUUGGCUAAUGAUAAACCACAAAGCUAUGCGCCAAAGGACAUGUCUGGGUUAAAGCAAGAGGCUCUUGGAAAACCACUUGGAGAGGAGUGUCAAGGUGAAACAACACCAGCAGCUAAAUCACCAAAGCUGGGCAUCAGCAGCCCUCCCAAGAGUCAUUCUCAGACAUCAACACUCAAGAAAGUGCAUCCCAUUCUACCAAAGCCUGUAUCCAGUAAAUCUCCAGAGCCAGGGAAAGCAGGUAGAUCAUUGAUGAAUACUCCUCAGACAUCAGGAGAACUACUAUCAAAAAAACUGUUUUGGUCUCCUCAAGAUGAUAAUACACCUUUAAACCUCACAGUAAACAGUGAACACAUAAGCUGUCGGUUGUGUGGUGCCUGCUUUGAAACCCGGAAGGGGCUGUCGAGCCAUUCCCGAGCUCAUUUGAGGCACUUUGGAGCGGUGGAUGUGGAUUCUAAAGGAUCUCCGAUUGAAGCUCUGAAUGAAUUCAUUAAGAAAAAAGGGAUCCAGAGCGCUUUAUCAUCCAUGCUGCCGAUGAAGAAACCACACAGCUACCCUAAAGUGUCUGCCCUCAAAGCGGAAAGGAGCAAUUUCAAAUUAGGGGCACCAGACAAGAAAACAUCUGUAACAUCCCCUUCAAUGUCAACACAGAAAAAGCUGAAGCACGUUACUAUGAGAAUGCAAAUGGAACCUGGGAUUUCUCAGGCCUCGACGCCUAAUAAUGGGCUGACUUCAGAAAAUUAUUGGCCAACGUCACCUAUAAAUCUGUCGAUUGAUUCAGCGCCUAACAAAGAGACGCGUUGUGAAUUUUGCGGUGAUUACUUUGAGAACCGCAAGGGGCUGUCGAGUCACGCAAGGUCACACCUGAGGCAGUUUGGGGUGACUGAAUGGACAGUUAAUGGUUCGCCAAUAGACACAUUGAAGGAGCUCAUGAAAAGGAAAAUGCAUCCUCUUGAAUCAUCUGUCACACCUGGGCUCAAAAUGCCCCCAAAGCCAGCGGCGACUAGCACGAAAUCACCAACCGAGGACAUGCAGGGGGAUCCCUUCUCACCCACCACGGGUAGAUCAACUAAGUUCAGUCUGACCAUUCCAUCCGUCCAGCAGGUUUCAUCAGGAUCACUUAUACACAGAAAGGUUCAGGGCCAAUUUCUCUCCCCAUCACCUUUGAAAAAGAUGAAACUGAACCCGCUGAAAAAAGUGAAACAAGAACAUUUCCAAAUAGAAUAUAACCCUGAAGAGGCAGCAACCUCACUGAAGAGCAACAGUUAUUUACCAGAGCAAAUGUGGUCACCCAGAGGAGAUACUUCACCUUUCCAUUUAACAGUUGAUCAACCCAGCAAAGAUGUCCGUUGUGAAUUCUGCGGUGAAUACUUCGAGAAUCGCAAGGGGCUGUCAAGCCACGCCAGGUCACAUCUGAGACAGUUUGGGGUGACAGAAUGGACUGUGAAUGGUUCACCUAUUGACACACUGAAAGAACUGAUGAAAAGGAAGGGAAAGCCUGAACCACUAGGCCAAGAACCAGAGCAACGAGAGAUGCAACAGGAUCCUCAGAACUACCAGUAUGAUGAGAAACCUAUUAAGCCAUUUGGACAGAUCAUCAAGUCGCCAGUUAAGGAUAUGCAGCAAAAGCAUAUGACACCCCCAGCUAGAAAAGUAUUGACCUAUACAUCUAACGGGCAACAUCCAACUGUGUCACCUCUGGGGAAAAAAAUACCCAUGGGUUUUGUGUCAACUGCAUCAUUAAAAAAAUCCAUCUCAGAUGAAAGAAGCCUGCCACAAGAGUUGAAGCAUGGCUAUACUACAGAGUCAGGUUCCUAUAAGCCGAAGGCCACUUGGUCUCCACAAGAGAAGGUGACGACGACGCCAGUAAUUGCCGCAGAUACUUGCUGUGAAUUAUGCGGCCACUACUUUGAAAACCGGAAAGCUUUAGCCAGCCAUGCCAGAGCCCAUCUCAGACAGUUCGGGGUGACUGAAUGGCACAUCAACGGCUCACCGAUAGACACCCUGAGGGAAUGGAUUCGCCAGAAGCCCAACAUUAGCCCGGGUACCUCUCUGAACUGUGUGCAGGACCGUCCCCUUCCAAAGCCCAUCAGAAACAAUAUCAAAUCUCUAGUUAAGGAGUUGCCAAGGGAGCUGUGUUCACUACCAGGGGGUAAGACGGUGAAGUUGGAGCCAAUGCAGCCCAAAACAGUAGAGCUGGGCUUUCCAGCCUCACCAGUGCAGAAGAAUCCAGAGACAGAAAAAAUGCCUCCGACCGAGUGCUACACUCCCACAGAUCUGAGCCAAAGCAGCAUAACUGAAUGCACCCCGAGCUCCUCCAUGCCAUCCGAGGACGAGGAGCCACAUCCAAAGAAAAAAAGAAAGCACCCAGUCAAGUUAGGAACCUGUGAGUAUUGUGGAGUGACACUAACCACGGGUGUAGGCCUCUCCAACCACAUGCGUGGCCAUCUGAAAUCUGGAUUGAAAAGGAAGUUACCGAGUCUGUCUCAGUUUGAGGAACUCCACGAAAAGGCUGAACCUGCACUCACCGACACAUACAAUGAGCGUAAGCAGCAAAAGCCAGCGACAUGCACAGAGAGCUUGUCUCCGAAACACGAGGAAGGGAAGGAGCCAAAGACAUUCAGGUCAAAAUCAGAGGAACCAAAACCUCUCCGAGUGAGACCUGUGAUCUUUCCAGUGCUGAAACCUGAACCUCUGUCCCUGGUGAAGUUCAUAGGGAACAUCUAUACUCUGAAAUGCAGGUUUUGUGAUGUCGAGUUCCAUGGGCCCCUUUCAAUUCAGGAAGAAUGGGUGAGACACCUACAGCGACACAUCCUGGAUGUGAACUUCCCAAAGGUGGAGGCUGCUCGUGAGGAGAUCUCCACAUCUGCAGAGCCUGAGAAAUAGGUUAAAUCUGCUGCCUGUGUCGAAACCUGGUAGAUGGGGUCAGAUCGACUAUUGCAGUCUCUCUCCAAGGCACAUGCCAUUAUUUUUUAUGUUCUAGUUUAGUGACGUUGGAAAGGUUCUUCUGUACCUUUGAACGUUUAAGUCCCUGUGUAGUAAUGAAAGUACUGCCUUACGUGAGUUUCCUUAGAGUAAUUCUGCAUUCACCUCAUACAAGUAGAAUGUUUCGAGGAACAGCAUAGCCCUGGUUAAUUUUGUAUAAUCUAGAAGCAGUCAUGUGUCUCAGUUCGGUUAUGGAGAGCCGCAAUGCGUGGGGAGGGUGAGGAAAUAAAUGGCGCUAACGCAGCCUGGGGCAAAGAUUUAGCUUGUUGGAUAUUCAUCUGGCUGUCUGCCAUCAAAAUCCCAGGCAGGAAAUCUUGCAUUAAUCCUGCCAGGGGUGGGAUGAAGAGAAAGGGAAUGAGGCAGAGGUGACAAGAACAUCUUAGUUCAUUUUUUAAAAUGUGCCACGUUUUAAACUGCAGCAAGUAAAGCUUAAAUUUCAUGUAUAGCUGGAAAAAGACAAGAAAUAGACUCUGCAGGCUGCUAUCUGCCUCCAGAUCAUUGUCUUGAUGCAAAUGCAAGCAAAGGUUUGGAAGUAGUGCUCUAGUUCGUGAAAGGUAACUUUGCUUGUCUGGUUACGGGCUGCAGGUCACCCGACCCCGCAUGGUGAAGGCCUGACCAGUGAAACAGCUGUCCAGCACUGAGUGAUGGCCACUGCAGUUUCUGAUCCUUGGUCCUGAGGUAGUUACCUUGCAUGCUGCCAGCCUAUAGUAGGAGAGUGGGCAGUGGAUACUUCAGCAUAAACAGCAACUCCAUCAGCAUAUGAAGGGGUGAUAUGUUGGAAUGGAUUUGAUUGGAAACAGACGCUGCCGUUGCUGUGUAUUCCUCGCACACUCCUACCAUGGGUAGAUCAAACCAUCUGUAUCCCAACUAAUAGGCACGUGGCUGUAAGGAUGAAUAGCAGAGAGUGGGUGGGGUGUAAGGGUGGGGCAAUGUGAGCCUAAAAGGGGAAGUUGAUUCCUGAGCGUCCAAGCUACUAAUUCUACAUUUUGGUCAUAGAUGUUUCAGAGAUUAGUUGCUUUUUUUAAUAUUUAGCGAUGGGGCUAUUUGCUUUUAAUGUGUUUAGGUCACCAAGUGGCAGUGCAUUUGCGCAGAAGGAUGUAGGUAUACUUGAUAGUUUACUGUACAGAUGCCUUAUUUUUCCUUUUAUUGUCUUGUACUUGCUGAAUGAUAGUUGAUUUUUAGCGAAGUGUAAAAGCAGGUCCAUGAAUCAUCUUGUGCACCCUUUCAUGCUCAAGGGCUCCCUCACCACCUUUGUGUCUGACUCAAUGCGAGUGGAAGCAAGGUGCAGUGGUCCCAUAGGACCCAGACCCAGCCCCAUCUCUGCUCGCUGGGCCAAUCCCAUCAGGGUUACAUGUUUGUUUCAUUGGUUGUGCAUCCCUACUAUUGGGAUGAUCCACCCAUCACUGGUCCUUUGCAAACUGGGUAAUGUAUCUGUGGGGAGGAAGGGGAAGGAGUUCUCUCAAGGCUGCUUAUUAGAUGUUUGUUGAAUUCAAAUCUCUCUUUCCCCUCUCUUUCCACCAAAAUCUGUCUCAGAACCACCACUUCCGAUCUGUAAGUGGGGCACAAACAGCUGAUUCAUUUUUAUUGACUGUUUGAAUUAAAACUUAUUGUUUGUGGUCACUAUCUAUUUUCAGUGUUGUGAUGUGGGUCUAUGCAUCUAAUGCAGCUGGACUCUGUGACCAAAAAAAAAUCUUGUUACCUGUUUGUUCCUGUAACUGUGUAUUGUAACUUGGAGUGUACUGAAAUAUACCUUCAUAACCAAAGGUGCUAUGAAAUUGGUUGUUGGGUAUCACAGAAAAAGAUUUUGUUUUCCAGAAUGGACUGUGUCUCAAUACAUUUACAGAGCCCUACAUUGAACCUGUAGAAAUUCAUUGUAUUUAAAUCCAGCUCUGAUGCUCAUUUGGGUAGUUUUAAUGUUGUGGGGUUUUUUUGUGUAUUGGUGACAGAAUAUAUUUUAGAAAUAUUUCAUUUGAUGUAUUUUAGUAUUGUGUGGAACCUUAAUAAUUCCCACCAUCACUGCCAAAUCUGUCACUGCCUUCGCUGCUGCUUCACCUUGAGUUUGCUCAUAAAUUCGGCACUUGGUAAUAUGGAGGUGAGACUCUUCAGGGCAUCGCAGGGACCUACUCACAAUUCCUGGGGUCGUGAUCUACAAAGGUCUGUACGUGACCGCAUUAUGUUUGUCUUAAACCCUGCAAUCACCUGUGAAAUCCUGGGACCUCAGUUCUCCCAGUUGCUGUGAGGCAUCUCCCUCUUGGCCUUUACCCACUUCUAGAACAACCCUAGGAGUUGGCACUUGAGGUGCUGUUGGGCCUUGGUUUGUGUUUGUAACAGGUUUCGUUAAUUUAAAAUUUUAAAGUACUGAUUAUGGUGAGUCUUUCUGAACUGGGGAGUUUUAUUGCAAUAAUCCAGACUUUGCCUGGAGUCUUCCUGUCCGUGGGAAUGUUAUUCUGAGGCAGCAAAAUGGCAUCUUCAUAU